AUGUCAGGGGACCCUCUGGUUUCUGGCUCCUUUGCGGUGGCAGACUAUGUGGUGUUUGCUCUCAUGCUCGUGAUGUCCGCUGCUGUCGGGGUCUACUACGCCUGGGUGGACAGGGCCCGGCGAAGCUCGGGGGACUUCCUAAUGGGAGGGCGAAGACUGACGGCCCUGCCCGUCGCCCUGUCCCUGACCGCCAGCUUCAUGUCAGCCAUCACGGUGCUGUCCAACCCAGCCGAGGUAUACCGCUACGGGGCCAAUAUUGGAUUUUAUGGUCUUUCCUAUGUGAUGACGAUGGUGGUCACGUCCGAGGUUUAUCUCCCAGUCUUUUAUAGGCUGGCCAUCACCAGCACGUAUGAGUAUCUGGAGCUGCGUUUCAACAGAGCAACCCGUCUGCUGGGAACUGUGCUCUUCAUUGCUCAGACAAUCCUCUACACUGGAAUCGUCAUUUAUGCCCCAGCUCUAGCUUUAAACCAAGUAACUGGUAUGGAUCUGUGGGGUGCAGUUAUUUCCACAGGUGUGGUCUGUACCUUUUACUGCACAAUGGGUGGUCUGAAGGCGGUGGUUUGGACAGAUGUAUUUCAGCUGGGUGUCAUGCUUGCAGGCUUCCUGUCUGUCAUCAUCAGGGCUGUGGUCUUGCAAGGUGGAGUCCUCCCCAUCAUUGCAGAUUCGCAACAAGGAGGGAGACUCAACUUUUGGGACUUUGAUGCAAACCCUCUGAGGAGACACACUUUUUGGACCAUAACCAUUGGAGGGACGUUUGUCUGGGUCAGUAUCUAUGGGAUCAACCAGGCCCAGGUUCAGAGAUACAUCUCCUGCAAGACCAUCACUCAUGCCAGACUAUCUCUGUACAUCAACCUGUUAGGCCUGUGUUCCAUCUUGCUGUGCUCAGUGUUUGCAGGAAUGUGCCUUUUCUCAGUCUAUAAGAACUGUGACCCCUGGACCGCUGGACUGGUUUCUGCUCCCGAUCAGCUGAUGCCAUAUUUGGUGAUGGACAUCUUGGGAGACUAUCCUGGCCUUCCUGGACUGUUUGUUGCAGCUGCAUACAGUGGAUCUCUAAGCACAGUGUCUUCCAGCAUCAAUGCACUGGCUGCAGUGACAGUGGAGGACCUGAUCAAACCGUACACUAACAUGUCAGAGAAACACCUGUCCUGGACCUCCAAAGGCCUGAGUCUCUUAUAUGGGGUUUUAUGUAUUGGAAUGGCAGGACUGGCUUCAGUCAUGGCAGGGAUUUUGCAGGCAGCCAUCAGUAUAUUUGGGAUCAUUGGAGGUCCUCUACUUGGCCUGUUUUCAUUGGGUAUCCUCUGUCCAUUUGCCAACUCCAAAGGAGCUUUGACAGGCCUCGUGUCAGGGUUGGUUGUGUCUCUGUGGGUCGGCCUCGGAGCCCAGGUAUACCCUCCCCCUCCUGCAAUGACACGACCGCUGUCACUGAGUACCGAAGGCUGUAACCUCACCACUACAGACACCCUCAACUGGACCUCCACUGCUCUGCCAACAGAGCCAAGCUCGAUCACCACAGCCCCACUACACAGCAUUGACGGCACGUCUCUGCUGGCAGAUAACUGGUACUCUCUGUCCUACCUUUACUUCAGUCCCAUUGGGACCAUAGUAGCUAUUAGUGUGGGACUAUUAGUCAGCCUGUUAACAGGAGGCUGGAAGCUGCAGCUGGAAUCAAGGCUGACAUUAAUCAAAGAAGACACAACCCUCUAUCACCUAGCCAAGUUUUUGAGAGACAGAGUCAUGGGACGGACAGGAAAGCUUGACCUGACAAGGGACAGAGAGAAGAAGUUUGGCACCGCUAAUCCUGCUUUCUGUGACGUUGAGCUGGACUUAACAAAAAGCAGCAUUCCAACAUGA